UUUUCAAUCCUUAAAAAUAUACCUAGUGUUGCAUAUUUGAUUGUGGCUUUUGUCCACAACUCCACAUCAAAAUGUUGGAGAUAGCUCAAAAAUGCUACAAACAAUUUCUUGGGUGUGAGUGAAAACAUUAGCCUCAUCUUGAUGAUGACUUUAGCCCAAACUGGAUGAAUGAAUUCUGCUGAGGUUUAAGGUCAUCCCUUCAUAUUCUCCUCACUCCCUCCUCCCACCACUAAAGCAUCAUCAACCCACCAUCAUCCUUGCACAAAAACACACACUCACACACUGCUCCAAAGACACACACACAGUAUAAACAGUCAAGAAGCCUCCUUUUUUUCUUCCCCCCGAGUGGCAGGGGGAAAAGAGAAAAUGGAAGGAACCCUUUUUCCUAAUAGGCCUGCAUUUCCAGUUCGACAAGGAAAACCACCAUCCACAAUUCAACAGCCAAACCCCCGCCUAAAUUUGCUUCUUCCAUUUCAGCAGCAAUUGACUGCAGUUCAGCAACAACAAUUGCAAGAAUCAACAACCUCUUCCUCCUCUGCUUCUUUCCCUAUUGAUUCAGUCCUUCAGCACCUCCUCCAUAUCUCCAAGUCUAAACCGCCCACAAUCAGAACAGCUCCAACCAAGGGAGCCCGCUUGGCUUCUUCCUUCAUUUCUUCUGGCAAUGAUGAAUUUCAAGAAUCCACUUUGACAAACUCAAUUACAAUCCCGAUUAUUGGGAAUCACGGAGAGGAGGGUGGUUUUCAGUCGGAUAACAAUGAUGCGUCCCUCGAUUUUCUCCCUUCCAAUGGUAAGUUGCUGUUGAAUUCUAUCAUUCAGCGUCCCGUAACUAGUUUGAAUAAGUUUCUCGAUUCCAUUAAGGAUGAGUUGCUUGAGUUUGAUUUGAUGAGUCUAUUGAAAGGUUUAGAUGUUAUGGAUAAUUGGGUCAAAGCUAUUAUCUUGUUUGAAUGGUUUGUGCUGAACAAUGUUGAUGUUGGGAAUGACGAUGACAAGUUGGAUACCCAGGUUAUUGAAUUCAUGAUUAAGAUUCUUGGCAGGGAGUCUCAGUAUGUGGUGACUUCGAAACUCUUCGACUUGAUUCCUCUGGAGGAGUAUUCGUUGGAUGUUCGAGCAUAUACUGCAAUUCUUCAUGCUUAUUCUCGUACUGAAAAGUACGAGAAGGCUAUUGGAUUAUUCAAGUAUAUGAAAGAAAAGGGCUUUUCUCCAACUUUGGUUACUUACAAUGUAAUGUUGGAUGUUUACGGUAAAAAGGGUCGAUCUUGGAAGGAAAUUGAAAACCUUCUGACUGAAAUGAGGAAUGAAGGGCUUCAGUUUGAUGAGUUUACUUGCAGCACUGUGAUAUCUGCCUGUGGUAGGGAAGGGUUGUUGGAUGAAGCAAAAAGAUUUUUCGAUGAGUUGAAGAAACAGGGUUUCGUGCCUGGAACAGUUACUUACAAUGCACUUCUCCAAGUGUUUGGGAAGGCAGGAGUACUUUCAGAGGCGCUGAGCAUUUUGAAAGAAAUGGAGGAAAACGAAUGCCCUCUUGAUGCAGUGACAUAUAAUGAACUUGUUGCAACAUAUGUGAGGGCUGGAUUCCAUGAAGAGGCUGCUGCCCUCCUUGGUACAAUGACGGAGAAGGGAAUAAUGCCGAAUGCUGUAACUUACACGACUGUAAUAGAUGCCUAUGGCAAAGCUGGGCAGGAGGAGAAGGCGUUGACAUGGUUUAAAGAGAUGAAGAAAGCUGGUUGUGUACCUAAUGUCUGUACUUACAAUGCGAUUCUUGGCAUGCUAGGGAAGAAGUCACGACUUGAGGAGAUGAUGGAAAUUGUUUCUGAGAUGAAAUCAAAUGGUUGUGCUCCUAAUCGUAUUACAUGGAAUACAAUGCUUGCAAUAUGUGGUAGCAAGGGAAUGCACAGAAAUGUGAACCUUGUUUUCCAAGAGAUGCAAAGGUGUGGCUUUGAGCCUGACAGAGACACAUUUAACACCUUAAUUAGUGCUUAUGGCCGGUGUGGAUUGGGUGUAAAUGCUUCAAUGAUGCAUGAAGAGAUGAUCAAAGCCGGAUUUACACCAUGUCUCACCACAUAUAAUGCACUUCUAAAUGCUUUGGCCCGCAGAGGAGAUUGGAGAGCUGCUGAAAAAAUAAUUCUGGAUAUGAAAAACAAAGGCUUCAAACCCAGUGAAACAUCAUAUUCACUGUUGCUUAAUUGCCACUCAAAAGGAGGGAAUCUUAAGGGAAUUGAAAGAAUAGCUGAAGAUAUUUAUGAUGGGCAGAUAUUCCCUAGUUGGAUGCUAUUGAGAACGCUUGUCCUUGCUAAUUUCAAGUGUAGAUCACUCGUGGGUAUGGAGAGAGCUUUCCAGGAAAUCUUGAAACAGGGAUACAUCCCUGAUUUAGUUAUAUUUAAUUCCAUGCUUUCCAUUUUCGCUAGGAACAAAAUGUUCGAUCGUGCCCAAGAGAUUUUGAACUUGAUUCAUGAGAAUGGAUUGCAGCCUGAUCUUGUCACCUACAAUACUCUGAUGGAUAUGUAUGCUAGAGCAGGUGAUGCCUGGAAAGCCCUAGAAAUUCUCAAUGGCCUGAAAGGAACUGGCGGUCAACCAGACCUUGUUUCCUAUAAUACUGUCAUCAAAGGGUUCUGCAGGCAAGGUCUAAUGCAGGAGGCGAUCAGUAUAUUCUCAGAGAUGACAUCUAAAGGAAUAAGUCCCUGCAUUGUCACAUACAAUACAUUUGUUGCUGGCUUUUCAGCGCGUGGACUAUUCUCAGAAGUUGAUGAAUUGUUAGGUUAUAUGAUCCAGCACAACUGCAGACCAAAUGAGUUGACAUACAAGACAAUUGUAGACGGUUAUUGUAGAGCAAGAAGAUAUGAAGAAGCAUUGGAAUUUGUUUCCAGGAUAAGAAAAAAGGACCCAUCCUACGAUGAGCAGUCUUUGCAAAGACUUGCUCUACGUGUCAGGGAAACCGUGGAGUCCUAAUUUUGGAACUUCAUUCGUGUUCAGAUAUAUCGUGUCUGCUGAUUAUUCGCGGGUAUAUAUCUUUCUGCAUGACAGGGGAACUCUGCCGUUCUGGUGCUUGGAAUGAAUGAGUAAAACCAUGAUUGUCUCAGAAGUUUUUGCUGGAGACACCUGACCUGGUGUACCUAGGCUUUUCUGGUUUAAUUACCUUGGUUGGAUCAAGGACAGUUUAGAAAAUAAGUUGAGAGGUAUAGUCAUCUUGUAACCUUUUGUACAAUCAAACGAUCUUAGGAUCUUGAUUUGAUAAAUACUUCUACAUUUCUGUACAGUAUUUUCUCCCAUUGAGCUGAAAUAUGCCAGGAUUUUGUAUAUCCAAUUCCAUUUUUGUCUCAUGUUUGGUUCGGUUUAUUUUGCCUUCUUACUUAGCAGUUGCCAUGCUAUUUAAUAACAAGGUACCUCCAGUUAUCAGAG